AGGGUAAGGGUGUCAUGUUCCAGUACGAUGUGGCAUCUGGCAGCCAACACAAUUCAGUAUGACAGUGCGUGACUGCUGUGCCGUCAUAUACGACAAGCCGCAGUACUGGUAUAAAUAUUGGACACAACAUAUAACCAAUAGGGAAGAAAUAAAGGACCAAUGCUUUUACCCCGGAACCAAAAUGAUAUAUGAGCCUUUCGAGAUAGACGUUCGAGAUAGACGUUAUAGUGCAAGGAGCACACCAAGAUUUGCGCUUAAUAGCCUUGUUCGCCUUUCAUUUAAAAUUUUUCCAGAAGAGGUGAAUACUCGCUCGCUUGUUGCACAGCUUACCGAAAUACAUAAAUUUAAGGUGAGCUUUCAGCUAUUUAAAUUUGAUCGUAUAGCCUGGUUGCAAACACCAUUCGGUAUGACUAUUCGUGACAUGUGUCCAGUUCUAUUUGAUGAGCCUCAGUACUGGUAUAAGUAUUGGACAAAAUAUAUAACUAAUAAGGACGAUUUUAAGGGGAAAUGUCCUGACCAAGGAAAAAACUUAUUUUACGAACCAUUUUCCUUGAACUUGUUUAUCGAAUUAACUGGAUUGCCUCUAAAUGGACGAUAUAAAGUUGUAAUGACAGCUAAGGCCUUUAGCCCGAAUAAUGAGGAGCGGGAGACUAGUAUUUGCGUCGAAGUAGAGGGACAAUUUGAAAGACUUAAUUAAAUUUAUAUCAAAUUACAUUUAUUUCAAA